AUGGAGCUGGAGGAGGCUUUCCGGGCCGCGGGCGGGCUGGGCAUCUACCAGGGCUACUUGUGCCUGCUGCUGGCCGUGCUGCUGCAGCUCUAUGUGGCCACAGAGGCCAUCCUCAUCGCUCUGGUGGGGGCCACGCCAGCCUACCGCUGGGACCUGGCUGAGCUCCUGCUGAAUCAGAGCCAUGGCAACUGGUCUGUGGGGGAGAUGCGGGCGCUGGGGGACUGGCUCCUGACGGCCAACGGCAGUGAAGUCCACAAGCACGUGCACUUCAGCAGCAGCUUCACCUCUAUUGCCUCCGAGUGGUUCUUAAUUGCCAGCAGGUCUUACAAGGUCAGUGCUGCGAGCUCCUUCUUCUUUGGCGGUGUGUUUGUGGGUGUGAUCUCUUUCGGUCAACUCUCAGACCGCUUCGGACGGAAGAAAGUCUAUCUCACAGGUUUUGCCCUUGACAUCUUAUUUGCUAUUGCAAAUGGACUUUCCCCCACGUAUGAAUUCUUUGCAGUAACUCGCUUCCUGGUGGGUGUGAUGAAUGGUGGGAUGUCGCUGGUGGCCUUUGUCCUGCUGAACGAGUGUCUGGGCACUGCCUACUGGGCACUUGCAGGAUCCAUUGGCGGUCUCUUCUUUGCAGUUGGCAUUGCCCAAUAUGCUCUAUUGGGGUACUUGAUCCGUGCCUGGAGGACCCUCGCCCUUGUGGUUAACCUGCAGGGAACCAUAGUCUUUCUAUUGUCAUUGUCCAUCCCUGAGUCGCCCCGUUGGCUGUACUCCCGGGGCCGGCUGCGGGAGGCUGAUGCAGCCCUCUGCCUCAUUGCCAGGAGGAACCGCAGGCCCAAGGGCACGUUUGCACUGACACAGCCUGUGCACCGCAGCGGUGAGCAGACAGGAAGCUUCCUCGACCUGUUCCGUCACCGGGUUCUCUUGGGGCACACACUCGUUCUGAUGUUCAUCUGGUUUGUGUGCAGCUUGGUCUAUUAUGGCUUAACUCUGAGCGCAGGGGAUCUCGGUGGAAAUAUUUAUGCCAACUUGGCCUUAUCUGGCCUCAUAGAGAUUCCAUCUUACCCUCUCUGUAUCUUCUUGAUUAAUCGGAAAUGGUUCGGUCGGAAGCGGACAUUAGCGACAUUUCUGAGCCUAGGAGGGCUGGCUUGUCUUAUUGUCAUGUUUCUUCCAGAAAAGAAAGAAGCAGGGCUGUUCUCGGUAGUGAACAGCCGCUCCUUGUCUUUGCUGGGGAAGCUGACCAUCAGUGCUGCCUUCAAUGUCGUGUAUAUCUACACAUCAGAGCUCUACCCCACUGUCAUCAGGAAUGUUGGGCUUGGAACUUGCUCCAUGGUCUCCCGAGUUGGUGGGGUCAUUGCUCCCUUCAUCCCCUCACUGAAAUAUGUGCAGUGGUCUUUACCCUUCAUUGUUUUCGGAGUCACUGGUCUGACCUCUGGCCUCCUGAGUUUAUUAUUGCCAGAAACCCUAAAUAGUCCAUUGCUGGAGACAUUUUCUGACCUCGGGGUGUAUUCCUAUCGAAGACUGGGUGAGGAAGCUUUAUCUCUGCAGACCUUGGAACCUCCACAGCCUGCUGACCAAGAGAGCACUGUGGGGAGUGAGAGUGAGGAAGAAGAGUUCUAUGAUGCAGACGAAGAGACUCAAAUGAUCAAGUGAAGCACUUGUUCCCAUUCAGAAGUCGAGAAUCAGUCUUUGUGUCUCUGACUCAAGCAGGUUCUCCAGGGAAGUUUGAGCGCUUGUGGAAUAGACUUGAAUAUCCCUAGGAGGGCCGCUGUUUGUGCUGAUAGUUCUCCACACAGAAGAAGUUGAAUAGGAGACUUUCUGAGA